GCCAUAUCAACACAUCAGUGAGGCGGCGCCGCAGGACAGAGCAGCUCCACCAAAACAGCUCGUGUUCGAAUGGCAGAAGCUGGAUUUGGCGUGCUGCUACUGUUUUGCUGCUUGUUCUCAGGACUGGUGUAUUACAUCAACAGUUGCCUUGAAAAUGGAGACAAGACAAAGACUAGAGAAAGGCCCAAUUUUAUCAUCAUCCUGGCAGAUGAUAUUGGCUGGGGAGACCUGUGGACAAAACAGUUUGACGGUACUACACCCUGGCUGAACAUGUUAAAGCUGGAAGGCAAAAGGUUUACGGACUUCCACUCUCCUGCCUCGACAUGCUCCCCCUCGCGUGCUGCGCUGCUGACUGGCAGACACGGCUUACGCAAUGGAGUCACUCACAACUUUGCAGAAGGCUCUGUCGGAGGACUUCCACUCAAUGAGACGACGUUUGCUCAGCUCCUGCAUGAUGCUGGCUAUUAUACUGCCAUGAUUGGAAAAUGGCAUCUUGGACACAAUGGUCCCUACCAUCCAAUCCACAGAGGCUUCGACUAUUACCUGGGUAUCCCAUAUAGUAAUGACAUGGGCUGCACUGACAAGCCUGGCUUUGACCUCCCCAGCUGUUUCCCAUGUGAGCAAAGUAAACAUAGCAGCAGGAAGCGUGGAGGAUGUCACGAUAAAAUAGCAUUACCUCUCUUUGAAAACCAGACUAUAGUUGAACAACCCUUGGACCUCUGGGAACUUACAGGUCAAUAUGCUAAAGCAGCAGUCAGACAGAUUUUGACUGCUAGGAACAGGGGGCAGCCUUUCCUGUUGUAUGUGGCUCUGGCGCAUAUGCAUGUUCCUCUGUUCCAUUACGGCUUUCUAAAUGUAACUGAAAAGGAUGCCUACUCUGCCAGUCUCAGUGAUAUGGACAGUUUGUUGGGGUCAAUAAAGCUUGCCACUGAGGCUUUUAGCAUGGAGAACACGCUCAUAUGGUUCACUGGUGAUAAUGGCCCCUGGGAGCAGAAAUGCCAGUUUGCAGGAAGUGCUGGGCCUUUUGUGGGCAGGUGGCAGACCAGCAGAGGUGGAGGUUCAUCCAAAAGGACCACCUGGGAAGGGGGCCACAGAGUUCCAACAGUGGUCACCUGGCCUGGGAAAAUAUCACCCAACACCAGCAGCAAUGCGCUGCUCAGUGGUUUAGACAUCUUCCCUACAAUCCUUACUCUAGCUGGUGUGGAGCCACCAUCAGACAGACAUUAUGAUGGCCUCGAUAUAACAAACGUUUUGCUCCACGACUCUGACUCAGGACAUAAGAGUCUCAUGCAUCCAAACAGUGGAGCAGCAGGGCAAUUUGGAGACCUGCAGACCGUCAGGCUGGGACGUCACAAGGCCUUUUACAUCACAGGUGGUGCUGAAGCCUGUGGUGGAGGAAGUGGAAAGCCAGAGCUUCAUGAUCCCCCUUUGAUUUUUGACCUUGAUAAGGAUGAAGCAGAGGGGUCACCGUUAGACCCCACCAGUGAGGAGUAUCAGACUGUGCUGAAGGAAGUGGAGAGAGAACGGGAGGCUCUGUUAUGGGAUAUUGCCACAGACAAUGUAUCUACUGCAGACUACACCAUAACACACGCAGCAGUGCCCUGCUGCCAGCCACACAACCCUGCCUGUCGAUGCCAUAGAGUCAAAUAAGCCCUGUGACUGUUUGUGAAGCAGUCAGCCAAAUAUUUCUUAUACAGAACCAAAUAGCACAACUAUUAAAAGUCGUACAUGCUCUAAGAUGUCACUUAAGUUGUUAAGAUGUAAACAAAGUCAUUCAGAGUAGUUCGAUGUGUAAUGCUCUGCUCUAGCGAAACUUACAGAAUUGUUCGGAACCAGACGUCUGUAGUGUUUAAUGCCUCUAAAAGCUCCCUUAUAGAAGGUUAUUACAUGAAAUGGUUACAAUUACAUUGCCUGAAGUCUCAAACAUGUUUUACAGUGGUUUUAAGAUGAGGUUUUGGCAUAAAAUAAGGUUUUGGCAUUAAAUGAACCCAUGGUGGAGACGUACAUGCAGGGUGAUAUAAGGCAAAAUAGUCACCAAAAGAAAACUUAUUCACCUCUAUUUUACUGUUCAAAUCAACAUUACAUAUUGCUAGUGUCGGAACAAAACCUUGUGUCUCCGUUUUUCAGUUUUGGUCAUAAUGACUGUAGCCCUUUAUAAUACAUUUCAUGAUGAAUGGACCAAAAGAAAUGGCUCAGAAUUACUUGGGGGGAAAAGUCCACUUCCACUGACUUACAUUAAAAGUAAAGUAUGUUUUUCUUUCUGUAAAGUUAUCAUUUUGUUACCGUUAUCGCUUAGUUCGACAGCAGUGAUAUAACAAUUCAGAAGAGACGUGUAGGUUCACUGGUAAUUUUAGUGGUAAAUAAAACGGCUAUUUUUUGCUAUAUUUGUAUGUUGGCUGUAUUUUUAAUAUAGACAUUGUGACCCCUGGUUUUUAUCAGCACCGCUGUAAAGAAAACCUGAGUCAGUGAGUUUCUGUAUUAUGAAGCAGUUCACAUUAAACCGCUCUGAGUGACUUUGCUUACAUCCCAACCAGUGGAUGUAAAUCAGUAAAAGCAGUAGGAGUUGUAGCCGAGAUGUUGCUGUGCCGCCCCCCCGCCUUUGUUCCAUCACACUUAUUACUGGAAGUACAGGACACCGGCCCGAGUGCCGGUGCACACAGCAGAAGAGCGACAAUUAUGGGCAAUAAGUUAUGAUUAAAAAUAGUUUUAUAUAAAAAGUUUUAUUUGUUAUUGGAUGUACAUAACUUGGCUAUGAAUGUUCUAUCCUUAUGGUGACCUUUUAAAGCGACAGGGACAGUGGACAGGCUUUGACAGUUCUUGCAUGUUCUUGUGCUUUCACCUGCUCUGCACACCUUUUAGCUCAAAAAGGAGAGAUUAUUAGCUAACAAUAUAGCUGAAGUGUGUAAGAGAAGAGAAAACCCAACUAUGCAAAGCAGGAACGGGAUCAGGGGUAUUUCACCUAGCAGGAUUUCUCAGUUUAGCCAGAUAACUUAAGCCUAAAGUUAAGCCUGUCCAAUUGGAGAAGAACAGAGGAACAUUGCUAUUGGACAGUCCUGAACUUUGAGCUUAUCUGUCUAAAUGAGAAGUCCUGUUUUGUGAAAUGCCACCCAUUCCUAUCUGGAAUAACAUUUGUGUCAGUAAGAUAUUUUACUGUCUUUGAAGUUUAAUCCUUAACAUUUUUCCAAACUAAUAUUCCUGCCGUUCACCCCCACCCAAGAGAAGAAAAUCUCGACAUAAUAGAGUUUAAGCUUCUAAAGAAUUUUUAUUAAAGGCUAAAUCUAAUUAUAAUCUAUUUUUAAUUCCAAAAUCACAAUCAAAUCCAGCAAAAUUCUGCAAUGCAGUGAUUUCUCUUAAUUGUAAGCCUUCCCUCCCUGUCUUUUAAAGUUUGCUGCUCCAGUUGUAGUUAACAUAUAUUUUUACUCUUUCAAUUUUACUGGGAUAGUUCAUAAGGUCUGGAAGGCUGCUUAUGUGCUUAUGUGAUCUGACAAAAAAUAUACUAGAAUCUCUAGUAAAUAGUCUAGUCUAGUUUUAAAUUACAUUAUUUCAGCUUUAGAUAAAAAGAGGCGUUAUGCAGCCCUUUUUAUUUACCUUACAACAGCAUUUCAUACAGUGGAUCACUCAUUACUUUCAAAAAGACUUCUUAGUAGUGAAUUUAAUCAAAUUGCAUAUGAAUGGUUUCAGGGUUACCUCAUGAACAGACAGCAGUGUGUGACUGUGGGAGAUGUUAAAUUUGAAUUUGUGCAGAUUACUAAGGGUGUCCCACAGGGCUCAGUUCUGUACAUUUUUAUGCUGAUGAUGGUCUUGUACUGCUCUGCAGAUACUAUACAUUCUGCUGUCAGAUCCCUUCAGCACUGUUUUAACGAGGGUCACUCAAUAACCAAAAAUUAGUUCUUAAUGCAGAAAAAACAAAAUUCGUGUUAUUUUCCAGAGCCAGAAAUGUUGACUAUGAUAAGCUCAACAUCUCUACCAAAGGUGGUACAAAUAUUGAAAGAGUCACAGUAUACAAGCAUCUUGGAAUAUGGAUUGAUGAGAAGAUUUCCUUUAAAUAUUAUGUAACUAAUCUUGUGAGCAAAUUUUGGAAAAAUUAGGUUUCUUUAAUAGGAAUAACACAUGCUCUUCUCUGCAUUGUAGAAGGAUGCUUAUUGAGGCAACUGACCUUUCUGCUUUGGACUAUGGUAGCAUUUUGUGCAUGAAUGUUUCAGCUUCGAUUUUUUUGUGUAUCACUCUAAGAUUUAUUACCUGCGACAAUCAUAAUACACUGCACUGUAAGUUGUAUGUUAAGGUCGGGGCGUGGUGGACACUGGAUUUUAUUUAUUUAUAAAGCCCUUUGUAUUUUUAAUGCAGGCCCUUACACAACAUAAUAGAAUGAUUUAUGUUGCAGGUGCUGGCUGUUUUUACUGAGUUCAGAAUAUUGAGUUUUACUUACUGUGCACCUGUAACCUGGAAUAACAUGUAGAACAAACUUAAACAGACCUCAUUUUUAUUCUUAGGGCACCUUCAGUUUUUAAUUUUGUAUUAUUUCACUUCUGUUUGUUCAUGUUUUAGUAACAUCUCGGCUACAUCCCGUUCUCCAGUGACUUGUGCAGAAAAUUUGAAAAAUCAGUGAAAUUCCCCUUUAAGACAGAAGUAUUUAUCAUUAUGCUGUUUUAUGUGGCCUCUUUGUCAUGUUGUGAUAUAUUUGCCUUUGAUGUUGUAUGCACAAAUUUGCACAGAACUUAUCAUUUGUCUUUCUUUAUCUCUUUUAUAUAAAUUAUUUAUUUGUUUUGCAUAAAUGAAAUAAUAGGAAUUUUAAAUGUUGAGAAAUUUAAAUUGGUCAGAAAACUUGUUGCAAAAUUUUUUCCUUCUCCUGAAAAGUUACUGUUUUAAAGAUAUGAGGUUUUGAUCAAACAGCAGUGAUUUACUGGCUGGUGUCAUUUACUUUUUGAUAACGCUUUGCUUGAUCUAAACUCAAAAUCAGGUCAGUGUUUAUCUGACUCAAAAGGUCAGAAACGUUACACAAACACCAGGUGGGCAACAAGUGUCAGUCCAAGCAAAACUGGCUCAGUUGUUUUAGAAUGUGUUUGUCCCCAAUACAGCUGUUCCACCAUAGCUAUUAUAAACUUUGUAGGUCACUAAUGGGUAGCUAGUGUGGUACACCCCUAAAAAAUGGUUCUUCAAGAGUUCUUUAGUAAAAACAUUGGUUCUGUAUAGAACUGAUUGGCCAAAGAGGCAGUUUGAAUUUGAAUGCAUAAAUAGUUCUUUGUAUGGUUAAAUGAUUUCUUCUCUAUGACGGACAACUAUUGUACAUGGUUCUUUAACAAACCUUUUCAAAAUGGUUUUAGAUGGCACCAAAAAGCGUCCCUUUUUGGUACUACACAGAAUAAUUUUUGCUAAGAGUGUAGAGUGAAGAGUGUUCUGGUAGAGUGAAUUGGGAAACAUUUUAAUCUCACAUCUCCAUUAAGUGGUCAGACUGGGCAAAACUCUCAAAGGCCAUUAACAACAAUUUAAAAGAAAGAAAUCUGAAAAGUAAUCUUUCCAGUGGAACAGUGCAAUAUGAAGUAGUGAAGAAGUACUUGAAAUAAUUGCUGAAAUGUACAACAUGCAUUUAAAACAGCUGGAAUCAGGGACUUUAUCAGACAAUAAGUAUUCAGAGUUAUUUUUCUUUCUCUUUCUUUCUUUAUUUGCCAUUAGUAAGUACAUUAAUAAUUCUAAACAUUUGCAGCUUUGAGGGUCUGUGCACAGAUAGGCUUGGCCCUCGACAUCCUUGUUUAAUAUAUUCAAAAUAAAAUCAUGAGGGUACAGUGAUUUAAACCUGACAGUAAAAAAUGUAACAUCUGUUCAAAGCAAAAAUAAAUUGCUAUAUUUCAAACCUGUAUACUUUCUCAUCUAAAUUAUCCCUGCAAAUAAACCCUUCUGCAAAUCCCUGUAAACCACAGAAAUAUACACCAAAUUUGGCAAAUAUAGUAUACCAUUUCGUGGUACACUAUAUACUUACACCUAUGCAAUAAAAUCAUAUAAAGUACUAGCCAUAACACUUGAAAAAAGAAAAUAAAAAUUUCCCUUUCCUA